AUGAGUGACUACGGAGAGGAAGCACCACCCCCCGAUGCAGAGGGCCUCGACCGACCGGACGAACACGAAGACCAACUUGACGACCUGCAUGACGAAUUUGAAGAUCCCCAACCCGAGCAUGAUGCUGAUACACGCCCCAAUGCAGUCGACGACUCCGACGAUGAGUCGCUUCUCUCCGAAGUCGAUGAAGCGCAAUUUGCGGAUUUCGACCCCAGAGCCGUCGAAGUUGCCCCUGAUUUUGACACGCUGAAUAAGUCGAUCAAAGUGAAGAAGAGGAAGAGGGCCGAGGGCGAGGAACCUGCGCCGAAAAAGAAGAAAGAGCGGAGAAGAGAGAAGAAGUCACGCCGAGCAGAGAGUGAGGCUUUGUCGGGUGGCGACGAAGUCGAGGGCAAGAGAUCGCGCAAAUCGAAAGCGGCCAGUGGAGGAACCCAGCCACGCGAGCGAGUGGAAAUCAAUGAAGAGGACCUGACACCCGAGGAACGCAGAAGACGGGCUUUGGACAGGGCCAUGGACGCAGCGGUCAAGAGAUCAUCAGGCAAGAGAAUAAGAAAGGGCGAGAUCGACCUCGAGCAAGCCGCAGACGCAGAGAUCGAGGACCUGCGGAACCGUAUGAUCGCCGCGGCUGAAGCUGAUGGAGAAUUGGUGCGACAGGGCGAACCUGCCUCCCAGAAACUCAAAAUGCUGCCCGAAGUAGUGAGCCUGCUCAACCGAAACACAUACGUCCAGUCCAUCCUCGACCCCGAGAUGAAUCUAUUGGAGGCAGUACGGUUUUUCCUAGAGCCUCUGACCGACGGCAGUUUACCGGCGUACAACAUUCAACGCGAGUUGUUCGCUGCUCUGUCCAAGCUGCCUAUGAACAAGGAGACUCUGAUUUCAUCCGGCAUCGGUAAGGUCAUCCUGUUCUAUCGCAAAUCCAAGAAGGCGGAGCCCGCAAUUAAGCGACAGGCCACCAAGCUCAUGGAGGACUGGUCGAGACCCAUAUUGGGUCGAAGCGACGACCACAUGAAGAAGGUCUGGGCCACGGCGACUUAUGAUCCAACCCGGAGACGAGAAGCAGCUCCUGUCGCCAUUCCAAAGGCAAAAUCCACCAUUGCGCCGGGCGAGAGAGUGAGCAAUAGGGCCAAGGUUCAGACGACCCCCUUGAACUACCACAUCGUACCCCAGCUCUCAUCUACCGUUCCACAUCGCUAG